AUGCCGCACGUGUACGCGAUAGCGGUACUCAAGAAUACCAACAAUCGUGGCUCGGAUGACGAAGGUCCAGCAGACUCUGUCUUCCUCGAACAGGAGUUCGAGCUGUCCGAAUUUAAUUUCUUUCUUCGCGGCAAGGCGAGGGAGAUGAUUACGUUCCUCAUUCGGGUGGUCGUCCAACGCACCGAAGGGGGCUCCAAAAACAUUGUGGAGGAGGGCGAUUACCGAUGCCACGCCUCGGUAAACCUGGAUGGGUUGGCCUGCGCCGUCGUGACCGACAAGGACUACCCGGCACGUGUGGCCUUCUCCCUCUCGAGCCUCGUCCUCAUGGAGUUUGUUACCGUGCACAGCGAGAAGUGGCGACAAGAGACGGCGGACGUGCAGUACAAGACGCCGGCGGUGGAGAAGCUGCUGAUCAAGUACCAGCAGCCCGACGAAGCCGACAAGAUGAACAAAAUACAGAAAGAGAUCGAGGAGGUGAAGGAUAUCAUGCAUCAGAACAUCGAGUCGCUGCUUGAUCGAGGACAGAAGUUGGACGACGUCAUCGCCCGAUCGGAGGACCUCAGCGAGCAGUCAAAAGGGUUCCUCUACCAGGCCAAAGAACAGAACAGCUGCCGCCGCAACUGCACCGGCUAA